AUCUUAUUCUGCAUGGAUAAGGAAUUUUACUUUUUUGGAUUUAACGAAGAACAUAAAGCAAUCGGAUAACAAAGGAUAGCAUACAUUCUCAGCGAGAUUGUAUGCACCAAAAUAGCUGAGUAGAGUUUAUUUAACUACCACAUCUCAGUGGUUGUCAAACAUUGACUACCGGUACUUUUAGACUAAGAAAAAACAUCGAAGAUUAUAUAUACCUGUAUAUUUACACUGUUGACUACUGUAUAUUUUGCUGCUUUUUUGCUUCGCGAAAGUCAUUUAAAAAAAAACUUGUAAGAUUUUAGCUUUUUUGAUAUCAUUGACUGAAAAGUUUACACUACGACUUUGGAAAAAGUUCUGAAAAAAAACAAAAAACAAAAAAAACUUUAUUGACACUUUUGACUGCAAAAAAUUUACUUUUGUCCUUUGAGUAAUUGUACAUAUAAUUGCUCAAGAUGGCUAAUGCAUUCAAUGAUAAAGACCCUCGCUCCAAGAGCAUAAAUAGGAGCAAUAUUUCUGAUUGCGAAUGUGUAAACGAAUCACCACGCAAAAUUUUCGAAGAUGCGCUCAAAGAUAACCACUCUGGAGUUUCUUAUGAGAUCGAAAAAAAAGGAGAAAGUCAGAAAAGUAACAGCUGUGAAAAUAGGUGCAAUGAAAAUCAAGAAAUUGACGAAAAACGAAGCGAAAACGAGCUUUCUUGCAAACGAAUGGUAAUUUUACCGAAAGAAGAAAGCAAGAUUACAGAAAUUGCUGCUGCACUAGAUCUCACACAAGAGAAUGCUACAACAAUCCAGCCUACUGUUUUAAAUAGAGCUUUUAAUGCUUCACUAUACCCUGUGGAUCCUCCUUCUGAAAGAGCAUUCAUCACCCAAAGAGUUGCAUUAAAAGGAAGUUUGGCUAGUCAGAAUGACAACAACAAUUCAAGCAAUGCUAGUUAUAUUGAUGAUGGAAACAAAAAGAAAUUUACGGAUGAUUGCAAUGGCAGAAAUAAUAAAGCAUACACUGAAGAAAAGUUCGAAACUUUGUUAAAAUCUCAUGAAAGCCUUGACGAAACAGAAUUUCGUAAAAAUGUCGAUCAAACAUUGAUUGGAAUUGAAAAAGAUAAAACAAACGUAACUUCAAUUAAAUUGCAUGGAAUACAUGAAAUCACUAAUGAGAACAAAUCGCAAGAAAAUGACACGACUGAAAAUGGCGUCCAACCACUUGGUGAAAUUACAGAUGAUAGUACGACUCCGGAUUAUAAAAUUGGGAACGAUUCGCAAACUUUAGCACCAGGAACGCAUCCCGAAAAAUCUUUAAAGUUGAAGUCUAAGGAUUUGUGCAAUACUAGAUCUAAUAAACAAACACCAUCAGUGCAAGGAUAUUCAAAUUCAGUUGGAAAACUUCGAAAACAAUGCCGGGCGAACGUUACCCUGUAUAAUAAUUGGAACUUUAGGAGUCAUUUUUAUGUGAAUUUGAUAGUUUUUGUGCUGCUACUGGCUUUGAACCCAAUCCCAUAUAAGAAAGAUUUCAAAAAUCCUUUCUUGAGUCCUGUGAGCGAACACAAGUACAAGAUUUACAGGGGCAAGAAGAGAAUCCGUCUCAAGAAAAUCAGUACGAAAACGUGUCCCGCACCCCCAGAUGUGCUAGAAAAUGGGACAUGUAUAUAUUCAGACGGUCACAUCAUAGAAGAACAAGCGGAAACAGUCAAUGAAGGGGGUCACAUUGAAUUAAUGCAGCCACCGAGGAAGGCUGGUUCUGGAGAGCGCGGACAUCAUUACAAGUAUCAGCCCAACGACGUGGAAGCAGACGGAAAGAUUUCUGACAUCGCCAGCGAUCCACCAGGGCAACAAAGCGUCUACAUCCCUCCAGGUGAUACUCGGAAGGAAGUAUAUCGUCUAUCGACUUUCGAAAAUUUUCCAAGCAGUCCAGCAGAACCAAGUGUGCUCGCUCGCCAUGGGUUUUUCUAUACAGGGUUCUACGAUCGAGUCAAAUGCUUUUCUUGCGCUCGUACUGUCCAGGAAUGGCGAAAUGCUGAUGAUGCUAGGGACAGGAAAUGGCAUAAUCCAUCCUGCGAUUUUGCGAAUGGUCGGCGAACUGAUAACAUCCCUACUGGCGGAGGAUUCACUUCUUUUCUGAGUAACAGCGGAAUGCUUCCGGGGAAUUCAUCUCAGGAUAUGGACGUACCAGAGAGACAGGCUGCUACUUCCGUGAAAGAAGUGAGAUACCCAGGAGGAAAUGUGGCAUCAGGUUCAGGUGGAACGUAUCAAUUUGGACCGGGGACUACAAUUCAUAUAGGUGGGCGAUCGGCAACAGCCUCAAAUCCCUCUUCAGGUCGACUUAAUGCGUCACAAACUAGGGGAAACCCCCCUACACCAAGGGAAUGGCGAAUGGCAAACGUAAUUUCAUCAGAUCAUCGAAGAAUGCUGACGAAUCUAUUUUUGGUCAGAGAACUUGAUCGACUUGCUUCAUUUGGCCGUUGGUCUAUCGCUCGUCCCAAUGUUUCACCCGCAGCACUUGCAAGAGCGGGUUUCUUCUAUUUAGGCGAUAUGGAUCGAACGCAAUGUUUCUCGUGCGGAGGGGUUUUGAGAAACUGGACAAUUGAGGAUGAUGCAUUUGACGAACAUAGGAGCCAUUUUCCAAAUUGUCGAUUCGUUCUUGGAACGGAUGAUCGUAACGUACCAAUACCUGAAGUUGAUGAAACCGCAGAGGAGAGGAAUACACAAUACCCAUGCAGGUUUCCUUCCAACCCCCAUAUGAGAGCAGGCCGCGAAGAAACAUUUGAUCGAAGAUGGCCGAGAGGUAGAGUGCAAGCAACACCAGAACAAAUAUCAGAGGCUGGGUUUUUCUUUCUAGGUGAACGUGACCGUGUCAAAUGUUGGUAUUGUAACGGCGGUUUGCAAAAUUGGGAGUACGAUGACAUACCAUGGGUCGAGCAUUCAAAGUGGUUUCCGACUUGUCAAUUUUUACUAAAAACUAAAGGAGUCCGUUACGUGUAUCGUCAUCUUUCGCAAGCUGCACAUUUUCCGCGGCCUAUAAUUGCUCGUCAAGAUGGCGGCCAAAUUGGUGCGCAAGCUAUGGAUAUACCUCCUGCAAUAGGGGGCGGUAGAGUGCAAGCACCGAGCCCUCCCCCCGAAAUAGUGGACCCGCAGGAGGAAAUGCGAAAACGUAAAGAAAAGGUUGACAGAGUCUUACAAAAUUCUGAGAACGUUAAAACUGUCAUUGCGAUGGGAUACGAGCCUGAAACGGUUCGUUUAGUCCUUGAGGAAGCUGCCGUCAAUUCUCCACAUGAAGAAAUAUUUGAUGGAAUGAUGCCGCUUCUAGAUGAAGUUAUGAAAAGAGAAGAAGAGAUUAAGAAGCAAAAGGAGGAAGAAGAGGUCAGGAGAAGAACUCAGGAAAUUCGACAACUUCAACAACAAAUUCAACCACCUAGUUACCAAUCCGUUUCAUCAAAUUACAGCAUGCCGUCUAACCUGACAAGCAUGGUGACAACGCCUUCCAUAAGUUCGGGAGUUUAUAAUGUUUCAGGAUUUGGAGACAGCGACGAUGAGAACCAAGAUUUAUAUGGAAGCAUAGCAGAAGCCGCAGGAGCUACAGGAGGACAGCCGCAACCAAUUAAUGUCACCCAACCUUCUACAAGUAACUUUAGUAUCCCAGAAGACCAAGAAUCUAUGAAGGAAAUACUCGAGAAAAAGCAAGAAGAAAAGAUGUGCAAAAUCUGCUUUACUAACGACGCAGAUAUGGUAUUCGUGCCAUGUAGCCACAUGGUUUGCUGCAGGACAUGCACAGAGGCGAUUCGACAGUGCCCUGUUUGCCGAAAGAAAAUUGAGAAGGCGAUUCGAACUUACUUGAACUGAAAAAAAUGGCGAUAGGAGGAUACUGAAACCUAUCCAGUGAUUGGGAUAAUGAGCUCUGAGAAUCCGACGCCGUGAGUGGGCAAUUACUUUCCUGAGUGGACCAGUUGAAGAUAAUAUACUUGGUUACUGGGCCGGAGGCUCAAAACUUAUAAAAAAACUACAAAUGAAAAAUCAAAAUUUAUAUCCAUAAAAAUUAUAAUCAGCAGACACAAGUGGGCCGGAUGAAACAUUUUGGUGGGCCGUAAUUUGCCCAGCGCUGCUGUCUGCACAGAUCAAGAGUUGUGUUCAUGCGUAUACAUACAAAUAGAAUUAGGCGUAGCAAAUUUAUAGGGGUGUAGAUUGGGCGUGGAAACAUUUGUUAAUUCUUUUUUGCAAUUUUUGUAGAUAGAUUCUUUGUGCUUGAAUAAUAAAGAAACAAAAAUCGUA